AUGAAGCUUUAACAUGGCAACCAGCAAACUUACCCAAGAGCCAAUUCUCCUGGUUGUCGAUUUCCAUCAUGCAAGAGGCCCUGAGGUAGAGCUAUCCUUCUGCGAGGAUGGUACCGAUCCCGUUGGCGAGAAUGACUGGUCAUUAUUGCCGUUUAUGGCAUUGUCUGACGGUGCACAUGCCUCUAUGGAAGAUUUCUCAUAUUUCACCCUCCAACGUAAUGCGACGACGACGGCACCACCGAAGUCGCUUUUUGGGAUAUCGUGUACGAGGCAGAUUGAUUCUAGCUCAUUGAUAAAUAGACCGCCCGAGGUGACCAGGUCGACAGUGCAAAAGGCUGUGGUUAUUAUAAUUGAUGAGCCGAAGCGCUUCGGUCAGUUGAGGGAGAAGUUGUCGAUGGUGACUUCAGCAUGGUUUGCGCAACGAGACUUCUCAGAUACAGAUAUCCUGAAGAAAUUCUGGGAAAGCCUCAGGGACAGCCUAAAUAAUGAGGCACAAAAAGAUCAUCAUCUUGGUCUGUCGUUACGAGCAAUGAUUCAUGAAUUUAAGCACCAGACCCUAGUUUUAUUCAAAUGUCUUUUAUUACAACCGAAGAUGUUAUUUUUUGGCACUCGGUGUGAGCGGUUAUGCAUGAUACAGUUUUCUCUUAUUUCAUUGAUACCCGGCCUUCUAGACCACCUCGAGGAUUGCGCAGAUCCGUCCUUUGAUAAUUACUCACAGACCGUGGAGAAACCAACUUCUCUCAAAACAAGCGAGAGGAGCUCAUUACUUGCUUAUAUGGGUCUACCUCUUCAGAUUUUCGGCAAGGGCAGCAUGUUCGGGCCCUACACGCCGUUACAACAGCUCGACCUUCUUGCUGAUUAUGGAACAAAGUCAUACCUCGUCGGCUCGACAAACUCGCUCCUUUUACAGCAAAAGGAUAGAUAUAGCGAUAUCCUAAUCAAUCUCGAUGAGGAUAAUAUUACAAUAUCGUCACCAUCCCUCCGAUCCGCCUUAUCGCUUACCGCUGCUGACAGGCGAUGGAUCGAUUUCCUGACACAAACCAUUAACGAAACCUGGGAUGAAGCCCAUCCCGAUCGGCCUAAAACCCAUGGAUACUUAGGAUCUGAAGAGUUUAUCCGUCUUCAAUUCGAAGAAUAUCUCCUCGCCUUAUUAUCCUCUAUGAAGUAUCAUGAGCAGGUUGCCAGUCAAGUCUCUCUCGGUUCACCAAAAGAUGGACCAAAAUCUCCGGGAUUCCAAUCGCAGGCAACAGAUAUUGAGGGCGAUCCUGCCUUGGAUUUUAACAUUGAAUUUUUGGAGCGGUGGCAAACAACUUCUAAUUAUGCUCUGUUUAAUCGACUCACUUCAGAUGCUUUGCUGUACUCGAUCGUGGAGCCUCGCCAUCCAUGUGCUGGUGGGUUAGGAAUUGAAGAUAUUCAACGUCGUCUCGCGCAACAAAUGUCUGACCUGCACCUUGACGAACGCAUGCGCGAAGGCCGUGAGGCGUUAAAUAAGCAUUUAGCAACCGGGCAAAAGAAGGUAACAGCUGCCUUCAAUAGCCUUUGGGCUGACAUUGAAGCAAUACGAGAGGCUCAACGAAAGAAGAAUGAAGAAAAGACCCAAAACCAACAGCAAAUGUCACCAGAGAACCAAAAGCCACUAGACAACGAGGCAUCACCACGGCCGUCUCUAUCAUCAAUUCGCUCCCCCACGACUAGUUCCUGGGGCUUCGCUUCCCGAAAACCAAAUACAGCCGACUUUUCCCAAGCUCAAGCAACUGUCGCUGCGGCAGGACAACGUGCUUCAGCUUAUUUUAGCUCAUGGAGCUCAUGGGCCAACGAGCGACGGAAGGAAUGGCAAGAAAAGAAAGCCAAUACGGACAGUCACGCAAACAGUGUCGUCACGUCUCCCGCGGGAACUCCUAGAGCGUCUACCUCAAUGAAUAACCCUCCUGACAUUACCGACCCGAUCGAACUUAGUAAUAUGGGGCGGCAGGGUUCGCGAACAAGCAAUGACAGCGGUUCAGAAUUGAGUAGAAGUAGUAGUACGAGAAAAAGAUGGAGUAAUAUUUUGAGGAAACAUGAUAGUUGCGAUUCUAUAUCCAGCACAAAAGGGCUCCCAAAGAAUGACACUGAACCUCCAGCGUCACCGCUCUCGGAUUCCUUAGCUAAACCGCAGGACGUUUCUAUCGCCAAUCCGGACAAGGCAACGCUUUCAUAUGAAUCGCUCAAUCGUUCUACGAUUCCUAGUGGUGAACACUCAUUAUCACAACCCGAAAACCGGCAAUCUCCAGAAGAACCACAAGAAGCCCCGACACCUGUUCUUCAACCGUCGGACAAACUACAGUCUCAUCAUUCCCGGAACGAGGAGCCAGCCAUUUCGCCCUUGGUACUCGACGACGAGAAUCCCAAUGAUGCCUUUACCAACGUUGAUCUUUCAUCAUCUUCCCAGGGUGCUAUGGCUACCAAGAAUGAAACUUCCCAAAAAGAGUAAUCGGCUGGUAUAUGAAAAACGCUAUCUUGAUGUCAGAAGACAUAAUAGACAAAUGUGUGAAUUUGAUAUGAAUGUACCGUACGAGCUAGCGUUGAAUGAUUACAGGAAGCAUUCUAUACGAUGAAUUCCUAGAGAAAUGUGUUUUUCAUAGUAAUGCUGUCCAUGACAUUCACUGUUGCUUGUGGUCAUGCUCUUCAAAGUCAAGUCAAAACAUAUGUUCCGGUUCUCUUAUAUGUUGUCUAUCACCUGGUAUAAAGAGACGAUAUACAAGAUGAGAGAAGCAGCGACCAAUCGCCGUAUCCCUGAAGCCCCAAAUCAACAUGGGAAUAGUCAAAUAAGCUGCUGUUUCAAAAGCUGUGCGAUGAUUACCUCCACUUCGCCUAUUCCUCUGCUUUGCUAUCAAAUGCCCUCCAUCAAUUUGCUCAUGAAGGAUCAAUUUCUGGACAACCCCAACGGUAAAGCAUUAUGCUAUGUACGCCAACUCGUCGCCGUCCAAUCGCUCAAUGUACUCUUUUUCCAUUAACGCCUCAAUGUUCUUCUUAAUGUCUGGAACCUUCGGAGGGAAACGUGCUUUCACUUGUUGAAUAACUUCCUGUACAAGCUGGACAUGCUUCAUCUUCUUGCGCGAUUUCAUAAUGCGCACGAUUGCAGACUGUUUAACCAAAUGUUAAUACUGAGAUAAGCUAGGUUAAGGAAAGGGAGUACUCGCCUGCAAAAGAAGCUUUCGGUCCUCCUCGACGGUCUUAUGUGUAUCGUCUGAUUCGGUCUUUUGUUCAGAUUUUACUUGAAUGUUAAGAUUGACCUUGAUCUUUUUUGCUUUGAA